GUUCGGACUAUGCCUACCAAUGGAGAGCUGAGUAACAGGAGCAUAAAUAUAGAUGCAGGUCGGCUCUGUAAUAAAUCAGCAGCACAUCCACUCCCUACAGCCGGUUGGGUCAAAUCCAUACGGAGCACUCCGUAUUUUUUAUCCAUCUACGAUAACGGACACGUGUACGUUCUCCUCAGAUCCACAGAAACCCUCCGCUUAAGCCUCUCUCUGCUUCGGAAAUCCAUCUUCCGCCACCAUCUCUGUUUCCUCACUGGAAAAAAGCUUAUUAUCAUAUCCACUUUUCACGCAUUCAUCCUCUUCUUCGCCGUCCUUACGGUGAGGUUUUGUGACAUGUCUUGAAGACGAGAGACCAUAGAAAUCAUACGUUUCACUAUAUAUCUAUGAGCGCCUUUUAUACAAGUUAAGCUUGACCCAUUUUAGAACUCCAAUAGAAUGGAAAUGGGUCGUUUUCAUUUUGUUUGGUUUGUGAUAUCCUGGAUUUUGUUUUCCCCCGGAAAGUUUAGGGGUUUUCUUGCCUUGUGGCCUGUGUCGAUUUAGGCGCUGUGAUGUAUAUAUUAUAUUGGGCGUGUUUUGAAAUAUAAUUUGUUGGAAAAAGUGGCGAAAGUGAGUUUGAGAACGGCGUCGGACGAUUCGGCGUCGGAAAUCCAUCUUCCGGCCGACAUAGACUGGGAGAUGCUGGAUAAAUCUAAGUUCUUCUUCCUCGGGGCGGCGUUAUUUUCCGGCGUAUCGGCGACGCUCUACCCGGUAGUGGUGCUAAAAACUCGGCAGCAGGUGGUGGCGUCUCAAAUCCCUUGCCUGAAGAUGGCCAAUUCGAUCUUGAAGAACGAAGGGUUCCGGGGAUUUUACAGGGGAUUUGGAACUUCCCUGGCCGGAACCAUCCCGGCGCGUGCACUUUACAUGGGCGCGUUAGAGAUGACCAAGAGUAACGUAGGGAACGCCACCGUUCAGCUGGGGUUCUCCGAUGCCACGGCGGCUGCCAUAGCCAAUGCGGCUGCUGGUCUGAGUGCGGCCAUGGCGGCUCAGCUAGUGUGGACUCCCAUAGAUGUUGUGAGUCAGAGGCUAAUGGUUCAAGGAUUCGUAACUGAAGGAGGAGAAGUUGGGUUGAAGAGCUACAGUGGCGGAAUAGACGCGUUCAGAAAGAUAGUGUGUAGCUAUGGAGUGAGGGGAUUGUACAGAGGCUUCGGGAUUUCAAUCCUCACCUACGCCCCUUCCAAUGCGGUAUGGUGGGCCUCAUACUCUGUGGCUCAUAGAGUGUUAUGGGGAUUGAUCGGCUGCCAUGGCUGCAAGAAGGAGGAGAGCGGUUACACGCCGGACGGGAGGGCGCUAGUGGCGAUCCAAGGGAUGAGCGCCACCCUGGCUAGUGGCGUCUCCGCGUUGGUGACCAUGCCGCUCGACACGAUCAAGACGAGGUUGCAAGUGCUGGAUGGGGAAGGGGCGGCUGCUGCAGAGAGGCGGCAGCCCACAGUGGUGGAGACGGUGAGGGAGUUGGUGAAUAAAGGCGGGUUCCGCGCAUGUUACAGGGGUUUAGCUCCCAGAUGGGCUUCCAUGUCUAUGUCCGCAACCACUAUGAUCACUACCUAUGAGUUUCUGAAGCGGCUGUCUACCAAAAAUCAAGAAAGCAUUGCUCGAUAGAAUCACGCAAGUGAAGCAGAAGGAUAAAUGAAGGUUUCUCUUUAACUCGCCUCAGAAAGGCUUUGCCUGAUUGCAAUAAUUAUAUUCGUGGUCAUAAAUAUACUACUAGUACAAAAAUGCUCUUACCCCUAUCUACUUCUACUCUAGUAGUCCUAAACUUUCGCUUUCCUUAAAAUUUUGACAAGUUUGAUCGGAAGGUCAAGCGGUUUGUCAUGCGACUUCGGUCUUGCCUGCUUAAGACCUGCUCACUUGUUUAAUACUACCUCCGUCCUUAAUUGAUUUGCAAAUUUGACUUUUCUUGGUCUAACAGUUUCAUUUUAUUUGCUUAAUUAGGAUGCCAAUUUUUAAUUAUAUUCUAAUUUGAAGUU